AUGAUGAUCCUGAUUACCGUGAUACUCCAUUACUUUCUCGAGUUAUAAAACCCUCUGUUAGAACGGUCACUCCUCCUGAACAACGCAGAAGCUCAGGAGGAAGAGGAGGUUCAUUUAAUAGGAACCAAUAUCAACAACAAUCUGAAGAGCGGCUUAGAGAAGAUCAUCAUCGAAAUCCAACUCAAGAGCAUCAACCUCCUCCACCUUCUAUUCCAGUAUUGUCUUCAUCCUCCUCAUCUUCAACUGUUUUACCUUCUUUAUCAAGCAUUUCUCAAUUAUCAUUUGUACCAUCAUCUUCUUCUACCACCCUUCCUCCGAUUCAUCAAAUUGCUGAUGGUCCUACAAAAGAUCAAAGCAUUGUUUUACCUAAUAUAAUACAAUUACCUAAACAAAAUGUUGAUUUUAUCUCUUGUAAUUUUCCUUAUGAAGAAAAAAGGCUUAUUGAGGGAUUAAAUAUGGUUGUCGGCCAAGUUACUGAACCUGACUAUAAUCUAUUUUGUGAUUCUAAAAUUGUAUACAAUCUUCUAGAAAAAAAGAAUAGCUUGGAAGAUAUAUCACAUGAAAAAUUUACAGAAGCAAGACAGAAAUCAAAUCCAUAUGAAAAAGUGGGUAAUUCAAUUUUUAUGAAUAGAGCUGCUGUAAAAUUAGCAUGUUUAGAUUCCUUAUUCGGUCUUACUGGAAUUAAAAGAUAUGAUCCAGUCAAAGAUAAUGUAUUUUUGUUUGCGGAUUUAUGUGGGGGACCAGGAGGAUUUACAGAAUAUUUGUUAUCACGUAAACAAUCUUGGGGAGAAAAAGUUUUUGGAUGGGGAAUUACUUUAAAAAAUUUGCAGGAUUUUGAUUUUAGUAGGUUUCAUCAUGAAACUAUGCCAGAUAGCUAUUUUAAACCAUGUUAUGGAGUUGACGGUACAGGUGAUUUAUAUAAAGAAGAAAAUAUUAGAGAUUUUGCUAAAGUUGUAAAAAAAGGAACUCAAGAAGGUGGUGUAGAUUUAGUAACAGCUGAUGGGGGAUUUGAUGUAAAAGGACAAGAAAGAUAUCAAGAAAAUCUCUUAAAUCAAUUGAUAUUAUGUCAAGUGAUUACAAUGUUUAUGACGCUCCGAAAAAAUGGUGAUUUUGUAUUAAAAGUAUUUGAUAUAUUUACACCAUUUACUGGAGGUAUUGUAUGGAUAUUGUAUCGUCAUUUUGAAAAGCUUUGUAUAAUUAAACCAUUAUCAAGUAGACCUGCAAAUUCAGAAAAAUAUAUAAUUUGUCGAAAUCUACGAGAGAGUAAUCCAGCAAUAAUAGAUUAUUUAUUCAAUUAUCAACAAAUUCCAACAUUGCCAAAGGAAGAUAUAAAUGAAAUUAUUGAUAUUUCAGAAAUCAAAAAAGAUCAAGGAUUUUUGGAAUAUAUUAAACGAAAAAAUAUUGAAAUAGCUAAGAAUCAGAUUGAAGCUAUCCAACAAUUAAUGAAAUUUGUUGAUAAUCCAGAAAUGAAACCACUUAAUCAAGAAGAAUAUAGAAGACUUUGUUUGCAAGAAUGGAGUUUACCAAAUGAAGAAUGA